AUGCAGGACGUGAAGAACGCCCUCGUUGAAGUGCUUGAAGCCCGCAUUGAGCAACAUGGGCUUCCCUACGACUGCAGUUCAGCCCUCUGGCCGGAGGAACAGCCGGGUUUGUCCUGCAUCAUCUCCAACGACCGUCUCGCCUUCUUUAUUACCAAGGAUAUCCUGGAUGAGUUCGAGGAGUUUGACGAUUACGGAGAGACUCUGAACCUUAGCGGCUGCGCGCACGGAACUGGAUCGACCGUGGCCCUCAUGCUUGACUUCAUCGCUGGCGACAGGCGCGCGGAUGCGCCUGCCAAUGGGUGGCCCGACGGGUGGCUCCAGAACACCAAGGUUGUCGAAGUCGUGCGCGCUAUCAUGCUUGCUGAAGAGCUGCGCAACAGCAACCUGAGGCUGAGGUUCUGGCAAGUCUUCCGGUCGCAAGAGGCCGACGGGCGCGCGGACUACCGUCGCUUGUUCCGCGAGGCUGCCAUCGGCGGGAGCGCGAGGCUCAGCGCUUACUUCGCGGCCAAGAUCUGGAUGAACGAGUGGGUGAAGAAGCAGAAGAUCGAUGUGUGGCACGCUUUCAGCGUGCAGCAGAUUGCAGGCAUCCCCGCCGCUUAUCUUUGGGCUUUCUCGCAUCCCGUCAUGGGCACGACGACUGGCCAGCGCAAACUCUCUCGUCCUCUCACGCCCGAUACGUUCGCCAACAUCUGGGCAAUCGAGAGGAAGUUCAACGAAGCUCUGACCACCUACUACACCGCCAAGACUGCGUAUGAGGAGUUUGACUCGAGCGAUGAGCAUGCGAGCGAUGAGCACUCAUGCGAUGAGCAUGUUUCGUAG